GGCCGCGCGCACAGUAGCGACGUGUGCGCGGACGCCGCGCGAUCACGCGAGUGCUCCUUGCUUCUUGUCGCGCCGGACGACGCUCCUGGCCGAACUCGGCCUCGCUCACAGCUCCGACUGCGGAUCGGCCCUCGCCCGUGCGCACACCGACCUCGCCGCCAUCGGCACGCAAGGAUGAGGCGAGGAAGCGUCAGCACUCACGCCGAUGACGCCCGGCGGCUCUGUAAGGACCAGCGGCUCUCGGCUGGCCCGUGGGCGCCGCGCGAUCCAGCUACGGGUAUGGCGACGCACGAGUACCACCGCAACAACAGCGUCGGCGGCAUAAGCAGCGCGAGUAAUCGUCACGAGUUCCACAUGAACGACGUGAUCUACGAGAGACCCGGCGGCUGUUUCGUUACUUAUCGCAAGAUCGCCUUUGGCUUUGUCUUCGUGCUCGCCGUGCUCAUUGCCGCUGGAUUUCUCGCCGUGCACUUCUCGUCGCUGCCGGAGGAGAAGACUGUUACUCCUGAACAAGUGUUGAGUAGCGAGCAGUAUUUGCCGGACAAGUACGAGCUUCGGCAGGGCAUCAAGCCGGAGAGAUAUCGCUUGGAACUCGAGCCGUUGGAAUUAAUCAAUGGUCGAACGAGAUUGAAAGGUCGCAUGGCCAUCGAGUUUUCCAACACGAUUGCUAGCGGUGACAUUGGCAGCGAGCAGGCCAAACGACUGGUGCUUAAUUCCAAGCAUCUUCGGAUACAGAACGUCAAGCUCGUCAGUGUUGAUCUUCAUCUUAACAGUGACGACGACGACGACGACGAUCAUGGUGCUAGGCGACUUCGCAGAGACGUCGAGGCCGAAAUCUCCAAAGUGCCUGCAAACGCGACGAUGGAUGAUCAAUCGCACAUCGACUCGCGAUUCCGCCAGCGAGUGGCAGACGAGCCCAGUCCUGAAGACGUGUUUCGCAUUAUCGGCAACACGACCGACGAGACGACCGGCAUCUAUAUGCUCGAGCUUGCGAGUGCACUUACGAACGGCACCUACUCGUUACAAAUCGAGUACGAGACAACUGUCGACCACAGAGCUUUAUUCGCGAGAAACUUGACACACGAGAGUAACGAAAGGUUGAUCUUAGUGUCAAAACUCAAGCCAGCGAACGCGCCGCGACUUUUCCCCACCCUCGACGAGGUACAUCUCAAGGCGAGCUUCGUACUCAGGAUCGUACACUCGAGUGACACCAAGGCACUAUCGAACGCUCCGCCCGCAAACUCCAGCAGCCCCUCGGAGAACACGAUGCUCGACGAGUUCGCGCAGACGCCCGACAUAUCCCCGCACAAUUUGGCCUUCGUCGUCGGCGACUUCGAGCAGCUGAGCGAGCUCUCGGUCAACAAUCAGAGCAUCGUUCUUUGGGGCGCCGCCGAGCACAUGGGCCAGGAGUUUUAUCUGCACCAGAAGAUCGCCAAAGUCGUGCAAGCGUGGGAGAGCCUGUUCGUCGGCGUGCCGAAGCUCAUCGAGAAGCUCGACAUCGUGGCGCUGCCGGUGAAUUACGAUGGGGCUUCGGCGCCCGGACUGAUCGUCGUCAGAGACUCGCUAUUCUUCACACCGACGCAGGCAGCCACGGCCACAAAAGCGGACGCUCUAUUAAACCUCAUCGGCCUGAUUGGUCAGCAAUGGUUGGGCGCUUCGGUCGACGCGCGCAACUGGACCGACGCAUGGUACGUCGAAGGCUCCGAGCUCUAUCUCCAGCACGCUCUUCUCGAAAAGAUUGACGAGGAGCUCGAGGUGUCGGACAGCUUCCUCGUGAACGUGCAGUUGGAGUCGAUGGAGAACGACGGUUACAAUUUGUCAAAAGCACUGGAUUCGUCGGUGGACCGUCAUCGGAUCGAAGCCUUCGAUCUGCCGGACAUCUACGGCAAGGGUGCCUGCCUGAUAAGCAUGCUGCACAGCGCGGUGAGGAGGAGCGCCUUCAAGCAGGCGUACUCGGACUUUCUGCGGAGAUGGCAGCACUCGAGCGCGGACUCGGACGUGUUCCUGAACGCGAUGACGCUUCACAAGCAGAUCGACGACACGAAAAUGGUCGAGGCCUUUCGCAGCUGGGCGCGCCAGCCUGGCUACCCGAUGAUCAGCGUCGCUUGGAAUCGCGAGAACGGAUCCGUCACUAUCAGGCAGGCCAAAUUCAUAUUCGACCAGUUGAGCGUGGCCGAGAAAGAGCUGGCGAUGGGCGAGAAGGAGGGCCAGGCGUUGUGGUGGGUGCCGCUGACUUACGUCACCGACGCGCAGCACUGGCGCGAGCCCAAGACGCUGUGGCUGAAGGCCGAGGGGGAGGGGCGGCUGGAUAACGUGAGGCGGGCCGACGGCGCGGACUGGAUCCUCUUCAACGUCAACAAAACGGGCUACUAUCGAGUGAACUACGACGCGCCGACGUGGCGGGCGCUCACGGAGGCGCUGCGGGCCAACCACGCGGCCUUCCCGGCGGCAACGCGGGCGUCCUUGAUCGACGACGCGCUCAGCCUCGCGCGCCAGGGCAGCCUCGAUUACGAGACGGCGCUCGAGCUGCUGCACUACCUGGGCCCCAGCGAGCGGCAGUUCGGCCCGUGGAAGGCGCUCGAGAAGCACGUGCUGCAGCUCGACUUCGCUCUCUACGAGACGCCUGCCUAUCCGGCCUUUCAGGAGUACAUGCAGCAGCUGAUCUCCAAAUUCUACGACGAGAACGAGCCGAAAAUCGAGCAGGGCUCGCCGCUGACGAUGCUGGCGGUGCGCCUCGCCUGCACCUUCGAGUACCAGAAGUGCACCAGCUGGGCGAAGAGCAAGUGGGAGGACAUCUUCGCGAGGAACCACGAGAACACGAUACCGAAGCAUGCGCGGGAGACGGUGUACUGCGAGGGUGCCCAGCGGGGCGGCCAGGAGGAGCUGCAGUACCUGAUGUCGAAAUUCGAGAGCACUCGAGACAGGGACGAGAAAGACCGGCUGCUGUCCGCACUCGGCUGCUUCCAGACUCCCUGGAUUCUGCAAAAAGUGCUCAACGAGAUCCUCGAGGAGAAGUACGGCGAGGGCGACGUCCGCGCCAUAUUACGUUCCUACGCCAAGAAUCCAGCUGCCGCUCUCACCGCUCGCCGAUUCAUUCACGAGCAUUGGCUGACUAUGGUCGAGAGGUUCAAAGAUUCCUACUGGACUUUGAGGGCAUUCGUCGACGCGUCGACUAGGCUGCUGUUCACUGCGCACGACAUGGAAGAGUUCAAAGCCUUCGUCGACAAGUACUACGAUCAAAUGGUGUCGAUGGGUUACCAUCACUGGGUAGCGCUGAACGAGGUCAAGGCCGAAUCCUGGUCGAAGAGACUCAAAGACGUCACCGACGACAUCCAGGCUUGGUUCACCAAUCACACCACGAGCAGCGACGUGUAACCCCAAAGUUCCAGCCUUUAGCGAUCUACUUACUUGAACAUAUUCCUAUUCCACGAGCCACUGCUACAAGCAAUUCGCGUUCACAGUGGUAUCCUACUUAUAAGACUAGUACUUACAACAACGAUUUGUACAUAUGCUAUUCCAUGUAUAUAUACCUCAUCUAUAUACUUAAAUGAGCAAAAAUGGCUGAUAAAUGAGAAAUGACGAUUGCAUUGGGAGAAGGUUGACAAGGAAAAAAAGUGAGAAAGAGACAUUAUCAUAUCUACCACAACAAUUUUUAUUUCUUCGAAUGCUUUUGUCAAGCAUAAUUAUAAAACCAAGCAACAACUUUAUCUCGUUUUCUAUAUUUUGUUUUGUCUGUUUUGUUCAUUAUUAUUAUUUGUUCUUCGCUUAUUAUCCUAAAACGACACUCGUCAUUAUUUGUUGUUUCUCUUUUAUAAUAAUAGGUACAUAUUUAACAAAUCUUUAUAUACGAUUACACAUAAGAACCGUAUCUAACGAUCACAUAAUUAUCCAUUGCUUACCUUAAUCGACUAUCGGUUUUUUUAUUAAUAUAUAACUUCGCAUGCGCACGUGCUACAAUGACAAUCUUUGGUUGCUUCUUGAAAACGAAAGAGUACGAUGACAAAUCAACGACAUGCGUUACGCAUCUCUUUGCUCGACGAUCGUUUCUUGGUUGCGUAUGAUCUCUCGCUUUAAAUUUCUUAUUCGUUUGUUGUCUAAGUUGUUCACCUCUCUUCUCCCCCCCUCUCUCUUUCUCUCGUUUACACGUAUAUAAGUGGUUAAAUCGUUUAUUAUUUAUCGUUUAUAGUUAUGAUAAUUUUGUGGUAAUGAUUUUAGCAGUGUGUGUAUAUAGAAUAAUUGUCUAUAGAUUGAGCGCGGAUAUCUAUAUUCUAUUGUUACCUAGAGUACUUGUUAUCGUCACCGCUAAAACGAUUAAUUGUUACACAUCUUUGUUAACUUUUAGUUUUACUUGUCUUUCGCUCGACUUUUUCAUGAAACCCAAGAGUCGUUGGACUCCUCGCGAGUCUGGCAAAAUACUGCCUUUCUGUCUUUCAACUUUGAUAUUUUUAACUGCUCUUAUAAAAAAUAAAUACUAGACUACAAUAACUCUUCGUGAAAAUUGAGAAAAUUCAUUUAUUUCCAUUAUUUUUUAUUUCGAGAGGCAUCUUUUGCUCGGUGGGUUUCACGCGAAAGUCGGCAUAUUACAAUUGAGUUUUGCAACAGCGAAGAUACUUAUAUAAGAGGCCGCACGACUUAUAUAUUAUACGUACAUGUCCUAAUUCUGUAUUUUUACAACGAAGAGACACCGUGUUUCAUAACAAUGUAACGUACAACGAUUUCGGGACCUUUCGUCCGCGACACAUGCUUACAACAACACUCUUGUUCCUCGCUGCGCUUACUCGCUGCUGUUUCUGGUUCUCCCGUCUCUCUGGCGUGACAAAUGCCGAGCUCGAGGUAUUUUAUUUACACAUGUUAUUAUUAUUAUUUACAGCUGCCUGCAUUUGAACGUGCCACCCCUUCAACCGCCCGAGAUGCGAAACGCGCCAAUAAAGUUUCGAAUUCGCCAAGUG